AUGUACUACCUGCAGCUGGACAAAGAGCCGCUGUACCCGGCUCAGAGUCGCUUCGUGGCUCCUCCUCAGUACCAGGACUUCGCCGCAUAUCAUCACCACGCGCACCCCGGGCUCAGCGAGGCUCCCCCGGCCCCGCAGCCCGGGCCGGGUGCCUGGAGCCCGGCUUACCCUGCGCCCCCGCCCCGGGACGACUGGUCCUCGCACUACGGACACGCCGCUCCGAACGCAGGUGCCGGUCCUCAGCCUCCGCCCGUGCCCGCCUCGGUGCCCUUCAGUCCUGCAGAUUACCCGGGUCCUCCUCCGGCGCUGCUGCCCGCGUCCUUGGGUCCGUCAGGGGGCCUGAGCUCGUCUUCCGGGCCGCUGUCCCCGGGCUCGCCGCAGAGACGGACGCCGUACGAGUGGAUCCGCCGCAGCGCCCCGCCCAACAACCCCAACGGUAAAACUAGAACCAAGGACAAGUACCGUGUGGUCUACACCGACCACCAGAGACUGGAGCUGGAGAAAGAGUUUCACUACAGCAAAUACAUCACCAUCAGGAGAAAGGCGGAGCUCGCUUCUGCCCUCAGCCUAUCAGAGAGACAGGUGAAGAUCUGGUUCCAGAAUCGCCGCGCCAAAGAACGAAAGAUCAACAAGAAGAAGCAGCAGCAGCCGGCGUCCUCUACCACCACGGCCACGCCCCCCGGCAACGCAUCCCUCACCCCUAGCAACAGCAGCGCCAUGGUAACCAGCAGCAUCAGCAUCAAGGAGGAGUUCUGA